AUGAAGCGCGCCAGGAGCCCCUCACCGCAGGCGUUAAGAAACAAGAUCUUGCCGGCCUCUUUACUUGCUGAGUGGAAGCUGAUUCAUGGUUCCGUGUUGGCGUUGCCGCCGUCAGCCGACGUGGUGCGACGCUCACUGGUUGGCAUUCCUGGAAAGAGUCUGCGCCUCAAGGUGGCCGCCUUUGACUUGGAUGACACACUCAUCGUGCCGCGGAGCGGGGCGGUCUUUCCUCGUGACGACCCCAGUGACUGGAAGUGGCUGCUGCCGGUGGUGCCGCAGUACUUACGGCUGCUGUACGACGAGGGCUUCAUGGUUGUCAUCUUGAGCAAUCAGUCCGGGAUUGGGGGAAAGGGGUGGAAUGUGAAGAAGGCAGAAAGCAUCAAGAGGAAGAUUGUUGCAAUGAGCGAGGCUCUUCAAAUGCCACUGACCGCCUUCCUUUCCACAAAGGAGGAUGUCUGGCGGAAACCAAACGUGGGAAUGUGGAGACUUCUUGAGGAACACGCGAGUGCCGUCGCGGCGGCGAAAAUUAUUGUUGCCGGCGAUACUUCCGGGCACGUCUUUUACGUUGGGGACGCCGCUGGGCGGAAGACCGCCACGUUGGCAGGGCGGAAGAAGGACUUCAGUUGCUCCGAUCGCAAGUUUGCCCUCAAUAUUGAUGUCCCGUUUCUCACGCCCGAGCAGUUUUAUCACUGCCCGAAGGCGGAGCUGUUUCGCAGUGACGGUCACAGUACCCAAAAGGGAGUGGAGAAAUUUAUCUCCAAGCGGCUCUUGGCGGCGGCUGAUGCACCGUGCGAGGUGGACUGGGACGGAUUGGGUCCCAGUGAACUUCAAAGCCUGCAGUCAUCGUACGAUAACCUCACGAUCAACUGCAUUAACGCAGAUGGGGAAAGAUGCACGUUGCAGACAAGUUCACCGGCGGCUUUUCAUCGGACGGCGCAGGAAAUGGUGAUAUUUGUGGGAUACCCUGGAUGCGGCAAAACAACGUUUUUUAACCGCUUUUUGAAGCCGGCCGGCUACGUACACAUCAACCGGGAUAUCCUCAAGAAGAAGGAGAAGUGCCUGUCGGAGGCCGAAAAGUGGUGGAAUUCCGGCAAAAGUAUCGUUGUCGAUAACACGAACCCGUCGCAUAGUGACUGCAUGCCUUUUAUCGCCAUGGUGAGGCAAUCUCGUCCUGGCGUCACCCCAUUACCGGUGCGUGUGUUUGUGUUUCAGGCAUCGAAGGGGUUGUCGAUGCAUAUGUCGAAUGUGCGUGCCCGACUUGGUCUUUCACCGCGAAUCAGCCGGAUUGCUUACAACGUGUUUCAGUCAAAACAUGAAGUCUGGUCGUCAACAUCUGUGAAGACGGCGAAUGUUGGGGAAGUUCUUGAGAUUCCACCAGUGGCGUGCUUUGAGGGCCUCCAAGAGGGUAUAAGAAGGGAGUUUUUUUUGCUGUCGUGA